CAACACGAGUGUUUGGUGAUCGAUGGCGAAGCUGGGGCUAGCAGUGGGCACGUCGGCCAACCUCUGCUUCUUCUCCAACAAGAGCGACGCGGGCUCGGGGAGAGCCACGCGCCUCGGAUGGAUCCUCUGUCCUGCAAAUCCUAGGUGCAGCAGUUUGGCGACGAUAUGGGCCGCGGCGGUGGAGGCUCCGCCGAGAAGCAUCGACAUGGAGGUCGUGCGGUCGCUGAACGGCUGGGUGGCGGCGAACAUGCUCCUGCUGCUCAACCCGGUGGAGUCCUCGUGGCAGCCGCACGACUUCUGUUAGCUUAAUCUUGAUCACUUGUAUCUGCAUAUUUGCUUUAGUCGUGCAUGUAGCAUAGAUUAGGGAGUUCUUCUCCGGAGAGGUCUCGGCUGAGCGGGCAAAGAAGACGAGAUACUAGCUGUCGUGUGAUACGGUGAGCAUGACGAGAUGCCGAUGGCAGUGUGAAACUGCAGUGCUGCGUGAGGCAGCGUGGCCGUGUGAUGCGGCGCGGCGAGUGCGACGAAGGCUGGAGUGUGGGGCUCUAUGUGCAUGUUUAGCCGGCUGGGUUGAUCCGGAUGUGAGCUGCAUGCAAGUCCUAGUCUUGGGACGUUGGAGUGAAUCAAGGAAACAAACUGGCUGCAUGCAAGUAGUUGGUUAGCUAGCUUUGUGCGUGUGCAUGGGUUAGUAGGUUUAGUGGCCCGAGUGGAGGCUGGGUUAGGGCGUGCGUGAGCCAACCCGGUGUAUAUAUAUGUGUUGAUCAGAUGAAUGAAAAGUAGGCCGUGAGGGCUGUAGGAGAAAUGUAGUCUUUGUGUGCACCAAGGAAGAGUGUUCUGGGCAAAGCCUCGUUGGGUUUCUUCCUUGGCUGUGUGCGUGUGUGUUUUCUGAGUUUCAUCAUGUGUGUGUGUUCUUGUGUGAGACAAAGAGAGUUGAGCGGUGAGAGGCAGCAAGAGGUAGAAGAAGAAGCGGCGCUGCGAGAGGAGGCGGCGCCAACAAUUGGCAUCAGAGCCUUGUUGAUCCGAGGCGGUGGCAGCGCCGCGGCAGACUCCAUGUGAGGUGGAGGACGCCGGGGCGAGGUGAUGGCCGGCAGAGGCACAAUGCCGCCGAUGGGACGUUGCGGUGUGAUGCCACGAGGUGAAGAUGGUGCGAUGAUCGACGUCGCGAGGACGUCAUCCCCGGCAAGAUGGUGACAGGCCGACGCUGCGACGGCGUCGGCGACGUUGGUGCCUGCGGCUAUGGUGGCCGGCGUGACGGUGGUGAAGGCUACGGCUGCGGCGACGGGCACAUGGUGGACUCCAUGCGAGAUGGAGGACGGUGGCGCGACAUGGAGGUGUUUGGCGGUGUGAUGCCGCACGAGCAUAUGGCUGCGGUGCGAUGCCGCUAGAUGGAGAUGGCGGCGCGAAGCUGCCACAAAAAGACAACGGUGUGAUGCCGUUGGAAGGUACGGCGGCGCGAAACCGUCAUGAGGAUCGGCGUCAAGCUCGUCGACGGUGCUGUCUUGGGUGGUGUGAUGCCAUCAGCAAGAUGGGCCGAUGCGACGACGUGGUGACCGGCGCCGCGAAGGUGUCGUCCACGUCAAGAGGUCGUCCACGUCCAGAGGUUGCUGCCGCGUGCGGCAAGAGGACAUGGUGAUGGAUGCCGGCGAUGCGAUGGCGUCGGUCCACGGCAAGGUGCGCGGCGCCGCGAUGGCGUUGUCAAGUGGCAGCGGGUGAUCCGCGUCGAAGAUUGUGAUGACCGGAGAAUCAAGAUUAGGUGGGAAAUUGUUAGCUUAAUCUUAAUCACUUGUAUCUGCAUAUUUGCUUUAGUCGUGCAUGUAGCAUAGAUUAGGGAGUUCUUCUCCGGAGAGGUCUCGGCUGAGCGGGCAAAGAAGACGAGAUACUAGCUACCGUGUGAUACGGCGAGCAUGGCGAGAUGCCGAUGGCAGUGUGAAACUGCAGUGCUGCGUGAGGCAGCGUGGCCGUGUGAUGCGGCAAGUGCGACGAAGGCUGGAGUGUGGGGCUCUAUGAGCAUGUUUAGCCGGCUGGGUUGAUCCAGAUGUGAGCUGCAUGCAAGUCCUAGUCUUGGGACGUUGGAGUGAAUCAAGGAAACAAACUGGCUGCAUGCAAGUAGUUGGUUAGCUAGCUUCGUGCAUGUGCAUGGGUUAGUGGGUUUAGUGGCCCGAGUGGAGGCUGUGUUAGGGCGUGCGUGAGCCAGCCCGGUGUAUAUAUAUGUGUUGAUCAGAUGAAUGAAAAGUAGGCCGUGAGGGCUGUAGGAGAAAUGUAGUCUUUGUGUGCACCAAGGAAGAGUAUUCUGGGCAAAGCCUCGUUGGGUUUCUUCCUUGGUUGUGUGCGUGUGUGUUUUCUGAGUUUUAUCUGUUGGAAAUAUGCCCUAGAGGCAAUAAUAAAUUAGUUAUUAUUA